AUGUCUGCAAAGGAGGAGAUAACUGAUGUUAGCUGUGGAGCUGCGCCUGAAAUUCCCAAUGCUUAUAUUGCAAGCACUCAACAGGAGAGGUAUCUGCCCGGUGCCAGAGUGCACUACACAUGUGAAAGGAAUUUUCAGAUGAUGGGUGGAAAUUAUGUCACUUGUUCAAAUGGAGAAUGGUCACAAGCACCAACCUGCAGAG